AUGCGUGUGGAUGAACUCCGUGAGACUCACAACGACUACCGAGCGGAAUUGGCUCAAUUGGCGCGGCAGAUUAGUGAGACCAAGCAUAAGGAUGUCACUGAUAACGAGACUUAUGUGCUGAAGAUCGAUGAGUUGAAUACAAAGUUGGCUCAAACGGAAAGCACAUCUCGUAGCCUGAAGCGACAACUGGACGAAUUGAAGCUGGACAAUGAAAAGAUGCAGGAAGCAGGUACGAUUACAUGA